AUGGCGACUUUCUUCCAGAGCGUUCGUCAAGGCUUUGGCCGCGGAGGAAACAACAAGAAUCAACCCCCCAAGAGCCCGGCAAAAGCUCCUCAAGCUUCCCCAACAGGCACCAUGUCAAACUCCCCUUCGCUCUCGAACAGCCUUGCCAUUGAUAAUCUCGCCGCAAAUGAUCCCGAUGCCCCUAAGUACUUCUUCCAGGAGAAAUACGCUCCGUUGAACGUGAGGGGGAAUUUCUUGACCCUCUGUGCUUGUCCCAAGAAUGUCGAGCUGGGAGAGUGGCUGGCUCACCAGAUUGUUGAACAAUACCGCCUCCUCCAUGGCAUGCUUCAAGUCAUCCAGGAAGUGAACAGUGUGACUGGCGCGCCAAUUUGCAAUGAAAGCACAUGUCCGACCAUGUCGGCGGGUCGGUUGACCUACACUUGGCUCGUCGACGGCCGUGCGGCCAAGAUCUCUGCCCCGAAGUUCAUCAACCGUGUUGAGAAAUGGAUCGUCAGUAAGAUCCAUGACCCGGUUAUGUUCCCUACCGAAAAGGUCACCGGUAUCCCCGAGACCACCUCCAUCCGGGAUGCCACUGCCGCUUCGACCGCAACCCCUGCAGACUCGACAGACCCCGCCAACCCGGCUGGCGCGAACGGAAAUGCCGACGAGUGGAUUGGAAAGUCCAGCGGAUUCCCCCAGACCUUCUAUAAGGAUUGCCAGGGUAUCAUGAAGCAGAUGUUCCGCUGCUAUGCCCAUCUUUAUCACGCUCACUGGUUGAACCCUUUCUGGCACAUCAACAAGCAUGACAUCCUAAACAUGUGCUUUGUCCACUUCGUGACGGUGGCCAAGUACUACCAGCUUGUGUCCGACAAGGAGAUGGAGCCGAUGCAGCCCUUGAUCGAUCUGUUUAUCAAGCAACAGCGGGUGCCUCCCGAGGCUCUGAAUGGCGGUCACUGGGCCCAGCAGACCGUUACCAACUGA